GCUGGAGCCGCCGGGGAGCGCGGCCUAGGGCUGGAGUCUGCCCACCCUCCGGCCCGCUGCAGCCGGCGUCCUACCCUGCAUCAGCUUUUGUGAUGCACUGUUGCAAAACUGGACAUUUUUCCUGUGGAGUGUAAAGGACCAAACCCGCAGAACUGCCAUUCCACCAUGGAAGACUUUGCCAUCCUGAAAGUGAUUGGUGAGGGCUCCUUUGGUAGGGCUCUUUUAGUUCGGCAAGAAAGCAGCAACCGGACAUACGCCAUGAAGGAAAUAAGACUUCCCAAGUCUCUCUCUGAUAUACAGAACUCUAGGAAGGAAGCAAUUCUCUUGGCUAAGAUGAAACACCCCAAUAUUGUUACCUUUAAAGAAUCCUUUGAGGCUGAUGGACACUUGUAUAUCGUGAUGGAAUAUUGUGAUGAAGGUGAUUUAAUGCAGAAGAUCAAACAACAAAAAGGGAAGUUAUUUUCUGAAGACACGAUACUUCAUUGGUUUGCACAAAUGUGUUUGGGAGUGAAUCAUAUUCAUAACAAGCGUGUGUUGCACAGAGAUAUCAAAUCUAAGAAUGUCUUCCUCACUCAAAAGGGAAAAGUGAAAUUAGGAGAUUUUGGAUCUGCCCGGCUUCUCUCCAGUCCUAUGGCAUUUGCUUGUACCUACGUGGGAACGCCUUAUUAUGUGCCUCCAGAAGUGUGGGAGAAUAUGCCCUACAACAAUAAAAGUGAUAUAUGGUCCUUGGGAUGCAUUUUGUAUGAGCUCUGUACCUUUAAACAUCCAUUUCAGGCCAAUAGUUGGAAAACUCUCAUCCUCAAGAUAUGUAAAGGAUCCUACAGUCCUCUUCCAGCUCAGUACUCUUAUGAGCUUCACUAUUUAAUAAAACAGAUGUUUAAGAGAAAUCCCACCUACCGCCCUUCAGCCACCACAAUUCUCUCCAGAGGCUGUUUAACAAAGCUUAUCCAGAAGUGUUUACCACCAGAGAUAAUUGCCGAGUAUGGUGAACAGGUGAUAGAGGAAACCAGGAACCCUAAAGCUGAUUCGCCAAGAAAAAAGGCCGGUCCUGUCCGAACAGGUGUGCCUCCUGGAAAUGAAGCCAGCACUAUGACAGGGGAAGAACAAGGAAGAAAGUGCAGCCAUACAGAUUUAGAAAACAUUAACAAGAAUUUAACUGAAAAUGCUCUGAAACGAAUAAUUGGUGCAGAAAAAGAAAAUAGGAUAAGCCAUCCAAGGAGAGAGAAUUCACCCAGUCCUCACAGACGACAGUGGGAGAAGGGAAUUUCCAAUACAGCAGUAAAUGCCUUGGAAAAUGCUUCCAUUCUUUCCUCCAGUGUAGCUGGAGAGGAAGAAAGAGGUGGCUCUGUAAUAAAGUACAGUGAGAAUAAUGCACGGAAGCAGUGGCUGAAGGAAUCUCCAGAAACCUUGCUGAACAUCCUCAAAAAUGCAGAUCUUAGCUUGGCGUUUCAAACCUAUACAAUAUACAAAUCAGGGUCUGAAGCUUUCUUGAGGGGUCCCCUUUCUGAAGGAGCUGAAGCCUCCGACUGCGUAGAUGGAGAUCAUGAGGAGGUUGCCUUUGAUCCCAAGAGACUUGAACCUAGAUCGGAUGAAGAGGACACGGACUUUGAAGAAGAAGAUGAUGAUCCAGAUUGGGUGUCAGAACUCAAGAGGAGAGCCAACCUGCAGUCUGAAAUGAAUUAUUCCUAAUCGUAUUAGGGAGAAUUGCUAAAUUAAGUAAUCAGGCUUGAGGAAAUGGUUAGUUCUCAAUGUGUGUGUUUACUUUGUCAGACAGACAAGAGAGGAAGAGCUGUGAAGGUUACGGAUCAUAUCCAGAUAAGUAUUGCUUGAAAAAUAAAUCUAAAACCUCACUGGGCUUAGGGACUUGACUCUUGGUGCUUUAAAAUUUAGUAGCACAAUUUAAAUGAUGAUCUUUUUGGCUCCAAAAAGGAAUUGACAUAAUCCCAGGGGAAACAUCCCAGAUUUCUUCCAUUCUGAGUGAAGUCACCCUAAAAUAUGUUUUAAAGUUUUUUAAUAUUGCAUAUUUAUGUCUUUGCAUUAUUUAAGGUGAUUUAGAUAUUUCUAAAUUGCACUUUUGAGUGUGUGCUUAUUUCCCUCUAGGCUGUAAGCUUGUUGUAAGCAAGUAUUGUGUCUACCAACUCUGUUGUACUGUAGUAUCCCAAGUUCUUAAAGCAGUGCUCUGCACACAGUAAGAACUCGAUAUUGUUGAUAGUUGAUUUGAUUCUAAAACAUUAAUAUUCUGCUUGCUGGCCAUUUCUUCAUUAGCGGGUGAAGUGCAGUAGGUGAAGAAACCCUUUCAGAGUAGAGACAAAAUGAACCCAUCGUUAUGACCUUAUUUCUCUUGGGCAUUUGCAGGAUAAGCGCUCAAUAAAUACAAUUGAAUGAA